AAGAUUCUCAACACCCUAAAUGGAAACGACGAGACCCAAACAGUCCUCAGCAGGCAAAAUCAAACGCCUGGUACUCACCAAUGAAGGUAGAACAAAACUUAAUACAUACCCAGAUAGAGAGUUCUAUGAAUACCCACGGUUCGUGACUCAUGUUGAUGACAGAUUCAUUUCGACAUUGACCAGUUUGUAUACAGAGAGGUUGAGGCCUGGCUCAGAGAUUCUUGACCUCAUGAGCUCAUGGGUCAGCCAUCUACCUCCAGAAGCUGAGUACAAGAAAGUGGUGGGGCAUGGCCUUAAUGCCCAAGAGCUGGCAAAGAAUCCUAGGCUGGACUACUUUCUUGUUAAGGAUCUCAAUCAGGAUCAAAAGCUAGAAUUGCAGGAUUGCUGCUUUGAUGCUGUGUUAUGCACUGUUAGCGUGCAGUACCUUCAACAGCCCGAGAAGGUAUUUGCAGAAGUUUUUCGGGUGCUAAGACCAGGAGGUGUAUUCAUUGUGAGCUUCAGCAAUAGAUUAUUCUAUGAGAAAGCUAUUGCUACAUGGAGAGAUGGGACUGCAUAUAGUCGCCUACAACUGGUUGUGCAAUAUUUUCAGAGUGUAGAGGGUUUCACUCUACCAGAAAUUAUACGCAAGUUACCCAAUGCUGGUGGCGCUCAAGAAGAAAAAUCACCAUUUAAUCAGAUCAUGAGUAUGUUGGGAUUACUACCCAGAGCAGACCCCUUUUAUGCAGUGAUAGCUUACAAGAACUUUAAGCCUGUAUACGAAUAAACAAGAACUGAACCCCCCCAAGUUUGAAGAUUUGGUGCAUUUAUUGCAUUUUGUCAAUUCUGGAGAACGUCAAAUUAUCUACCACUUGUGCACACAAAUUUAAAACAUUUUAUCCUGUAAAGAUCAUAUAACUACCCAAA